AAUAAAAGAAAAAAACGGUUUAGCGUCAGAGGAGGAGGAAGAAAUAAAUGGGAAAAAUUCAUACAAAUUCAUCCCUCUUUCGGGCAAACAUGUAGACAGGGAGAGGCUGUUCUGGAGACCUUGUCAGAUCGAAUCAGAAGGUCUGAUGGGAGGGAAACUUGCUGAUAUGGAGACUAAAAAGAAGCUCAAUGGUGUUGCAGUUAUUCUAGAUGGUGUUUCCUUCGAUCAAAUAGGCUCCGCUCCCCAAGUUUCCAAAGACUCCAAGAACGCAAACAAACGCCCGACAAGGGAACCGAUCAUGGAAUGCUCAGUUGCAGAGGGUAGUCACGUGGCACAAGAAGUGUUUGGUCAGGACAGCACAAAUUACAGUUCUGAUUCUGUGUCUCCUGAGAAGAACAGGAAAUCAGGAAGUCAGAAAUUGAGUGAUGGUGAAAAGAUCAGCUUGCCUCCAAAUAGAUUUGGGCAACCUCAUCGGACUGUACAACAGCCUUCUUCUUUUGCGAGUGCAAAACUUGGUUCUUCUGACGUUACUCGUAAUGUCGGUGGAGAAUCUAAGCCACCAACACAGAGGAAGCCAAUGAAAUCAGAUGAGAUGAAAGAGCAGGAGGAAGAUGACAUUUUGUCAGUUGCCUCAUCUACUUAUUCAUCUGCACGGUCUGUAAGAUCGAGUAGAUCCAACACAACUGUCGCUACAGCUCCAACACUCCGAUCCAGUGAGCGUGCGGAGAAAUGGAAAGAGCUGAACUCACGAAAGAAGCAAAUGCAGCCUGGUGAAAAGAAAUAUCAAGAUGACGACGACAAUUCAUCCGUUGCUUCAUCUGCGACUGCAUCUCCACGGUCUUUCAGGUCGGUUAGAUCCUACGUAACUGUUGCCAAUGCUCCUACAUUCCGGUCCAGUGAGCGGGCAGAGAAACGGAGGGAGUUUUACUCAAAAUUGGAAGAGAAGCAGCAAGCUCUGGAGGCAGAGAGAAGCCAAUAUGAAGCAAGAAAAAGGGAAGAGGAAGAAGCAGCUAUUAAGGAGCUGAGGAAGAGCCUGGUGUAUAAGGCAAACCCAAUGCCGAGCUUCAUCUACGAGAGGCCCCCACCAAAGUUCGAGCUUAAAAAGCCGCCGCUAACUCGGCCCAAAUCACCAAAGCUCACCCGGAGAAGGAGCUCUGGCGACCCACUCAACUCGUCUCAGGAAGAUAGAAGAAACUUGACUCGCGUUCAACGCCAAAACAUUGGCUGCAGCAAUCACAAGGAAAGUCAGAUGCAGUCUCCCAACUCCAAAACUUCCACAGCUGCAACAGCCAUUAACGGACCGAAGCAGAAGGAGCAACCGACGAAAGCCACAGUUUCUCGUCAGAUUACUACUGAUCACCAGGUCGCAGUUCAAUAGUCAGGCUAAUGCUGAUCACCAGGUCGCGGUUCAAUAGUGAGACACCGAAACAUUUUUCUCGUUAUGUUAUACAAGGAAGGGAAAAUUAUGAUCUUCUUUACCACUUGCUUAGCAAAAUGGUCUUUCUAAGUUUCCAUGGCUGUUCGAUGAUCGGAUUGUUGUUGUCGGGAAACAGUGACUGCCUCUUUCUGAGAGAGUGAUUGGUGUAUAUGUUUGUACCCGUACUCUAUUGUGCUAUAUACAAUAUAGAAAAGAUUUGAAACA